AACAUACAUGUGAGAAGCGAAGAAGAAUAACUUCCGGAAACCACUGCAAGAUUUACUGUAGCGCUAGCGUUAGCUUGAUGCUAGGUUAGCAUUAACACUAAUCGUUGCCAUGAAUUAAGACCGACCUGUCACACCCCGUUCCGUUAAACGUCUCGUGGCUGGUUGGAGAUAGAGAGAGAGGUGUCAGCCAUGUAUGCCUCUGGGAAAUACAGCUCGCGGGGCCCUGCUCUCAUCCCGCGGAUGAAAACCAAGCACCGCAUAUACUACAUCAUCCUUUUCUCAGUGGUGCUGCUUGGACUCAUCGCCACUGGGAUGUUUCAGUUCUGGCCCCACUCCAUUGAGUCCGCAGCUGACUGGACUCUUGAUAAACGCAGUGUGCACGACGCACCUCUGAUCCGCCUGCCGGUCUCGAGUCCCAUUCCUGAGAGGGGGGACCUCAGCUGUCGCAUGCACACAUGUUUUGACGUGUACAGAUGUGGCUACAAUCCUAAAAACAGAAUCAAGGUGUACAUUUACCCUCUCCAGAAGUUUGUGGAUGAAUUGGGGGUUCCCAUCAGCAGUACCGGACUAUCUCGAGAGUACAAUGACCUGCUCAGUGCCAUCUCUGACAGUGACUUUUACACUGACGACGUCACCAGGGCUUGCCUUUUUAUCCCAUCUAUUGAUGUGCUGAACCAGAACUCCCUACGUAUCAGAGAAACUGCCCAGGCUCUGUCAAUGCUGCCCAGAUGGGACAAAGGGAUGAAUCAUCUACUUUUCAACAUGUUACCUGGAGGCCCUCCAGACUACAAUACUGCCUUGGAUGUGCCCAGAGACAGAGCGCUGCUGGCUGGAGGCGGUUUCUCUACAUGGACCUACAGACAAGGUUAUGAUGUCAGCAUCCCGGUUUACAGCCCCCUCUCUGCGGAUGUUGAGCUGCCAGAGAGACAGUCAGGGCCUCGGCGCUACUUCAUUCUGUCCUCUCAAACCGCCAUCCAUCGAGAGUACCGCGCUGAACUGGAGCGCUUGAAGGAAGAAAAUGGAGAAGCACUGCUCCUCCUGGACAAGUGUAGCAACCUGUCGCAGGGGGCUGCCUCUGCACGAAAACGAUGCUACAAGGGGCAGGUGUUUGACUACCCACAGAUCCUGCAGGAGUCUUCAUUCUGUGUGGUUUUGCGGGGGGCCCGCUUGGGUCAGGCUGCCCUCAGUGAUGUGCUGCAGGCUGGCUGUGUCCCCGUCAUCCUGGCUGACUCCUACAUUCUGCCAUUCUCUGAAGUACUUGACUGGAAAAGGGCGUCUGUGGUUAUUCCAGAGGAGAAGCUAUCCGAGAUGUACACCAUCCUAAAGAGCGUUCCUCACAGACAAGUUGAAGAGAUGCAAAGACAGGCACGCUGGUUCUGGGAGGCCUACUUCAGCUCCAUGAAGGCUAUUGGCUUGACAUCGCUCCAGAUCAUCAAUGACCGCAUCUACCCAUAUGCUGCACGAACAUACGAGCAGUGGAAUAAUCCACCUGUGGUGAAGUGGUCCAGCGUGAACAGCCCUCUGUUCUUGCCUCUUAUCCCACCAAGGGCACCUGGGUUCACUGCCGUGGUGCUGACCUACGAUCGCGUUGAGAGUCUUUUCCGCGUCAUCACAGAAAUCUCCAAGGUGCCUAGCUUGGCUAAACUGCUGGUGGUGUGGAAUAACCAGAACAAGAGUCCUCCUGAGGAGUCUCUUUGGCCAAAGAUUGGUGUUCCUCUCAAAGUGGUGCGAACCAAAGAGAACAAGCUGAGUAACCGCUUCUUCCCCUACGACGAGAUCGAGACAGAAGCUGUGCUGGCGAUCGAUGAUGACAUCAUCAUGCUGACAUCUGAUGAACUGCAGUUUGGCUACGAGGUAUGGAGGGAGUUUCCAGACAGGCUGGUGGGCUACCCAGGUCGGCUGCACCUCUGGGACCAUGAAAUGGGGAAGUGGAAGUACGAGUCGGAGUGGACCAAUGAGGUCUCCAUGGUUCUAACUGGAGCCGCCUUCUACCACAAGUACUUCAACUACUUGUACACAUACAAGAUGCCAGGAGACAUCAAGAACUGGGUGGACGCUCACAUGAACUGUGAAGACAUUGCCAUGAACUUUCUGGUGGCUAACAUCACGGGCAAAGCCCCCAUAAAGGUGACCCCCAGGAAGAAGUUCAAGUGCCCUGAGUGUACUGCCAUUGAUGGCCUGUCCCUGGAUCAGACGCACAUGGUGGAGAGAUCUGAGUGCAUCAACAAGUUUGCAUCCGUUUUUGGCACAAUGCCUCUGAAGGUGGUGGAACACCGUGCAGACCCUGUGCUCUACAAAGACGACUUCCCAGAGAAGCUCAAGAGCUUCCCCAACAUCGGCAGCCUUUGACCAGCCUGCAACAGAUGUUUGGACCUCGUCACAGCCUCAACACCAAUUUAGUCUUUUAUAUCCAAACGUCAAUAUUCUUGUUAAAGUGGCACAUGCUCCUGUCACCUCUCAGUUCAAGGGACUUUCACUUGGGACUUUUUAAAUUGAUUUUAAAAGGCAGAAUUGUACAGGACAUUAAGGUAAUAUCUUGGAUGAUGGAGGACACUGGAAUCUGGGGAUGGCAAUGAGAAUUUUGCUUAAAGAUAUGUUCAAACAUUUAGCAAUACGAAUGAUAUGAGUGCAUGAGACUAAUGUUGCAUGAACUGCUAUCAGAGACUCACCCUGAGUCUGAUGUUUGAUGGACAUGCUGACUGAUUGGCUUGUGGUCCCUCGUUGUUACUGGUUUUGAAACUUUGGGCUCCAGUUGCUCUGGAAUCGGUGUAUACAGUGUAUAUAUUUGUAUUUUACACCAGUGCAGUAUGACAGUCAUAAUUAAUGAUGCUCCAACAAGGAUUUUUUUCUUCUUUUGAAAUGAUAUUUAUCAAAUUCUUAUAGCUGUCCAAAUUCAAAAAGUAAACAGUGUUACAUUUACAAGAUAUAUAUACUAAAUGAUUCAAUGACCUAUCUAUGUAGAUUGUACCAAAUGUAACACACAUCAUACAACAAUAGAUGUUAAAAAUGUACAGUAAAUGUUUCACAAGUGUUCUGUUUUAAUCAGAUUGGACAAAGCUGGUACCAUAAAUCUAAUAUUUAGAGUGAGUAACUGCUGAAUUUAAAAGAUUGUUGCUAUAAAUAUAUAUAUUAUAAAGAAAGAAAGAAACGCUGUGGUGCUAGUUGUAGCAGCCACUAAGUCACUUCAUGAGCUGAAUUCUAUAUAUGAACACUGCAUAAGUAUAGGAGUACUUAUUUGCUUACCAUGCAUUUGAAGACUCAUGCUAUAAACACUAUAUAUAGUGAAUAGUAGACAUUUUCACAAAUCCACACUUUUCAAAACAGAUGUGUAUAAACUAGAUGCAAUGCUUUGUUUUUCCAUUAUAUCCUGUUGUGUGUGUGUGUGUGUGUGUUUUAUAUUGUUGUCCUUUUCAUCACUAGUUGUCCCAGCUUCACUAUUUAGGCUCAAACACUGAGAGCAGCGCAGUCUUUAAGAUGUUAACAUUACGUUGUGUUAUUUGCUUCUUUUUUUCUUUCUUUUUUCCAUAAGGUCAGUGAAAUUGUUUUAAAUUUGAGACUGAGUUUAUGUAUCCAAGUGUACAGUAUAUAUUACUUUGUAAUACAUAAGUAAUGACCACACUGUG